AUGGGCCUCAGUGCCUUCAGUCUGAAGCAGGGGCGGACCUUUGGCAUCACCAGCGAGUACUGCUGUAUUCUCUUGCAGGCUAUCGGCUGUACUCUCAACUGCACGUGCCUGAGCUUCAAACCGGCAAAAAUAAAUCACCGCCAGUGUGAGCAGUGCAGACAUGGCUGGGUGGCCCACGCGCUCAGUAAGCUGAGGCUCCCCGCCAGCCAGGUGGAGAUCGUCCAGUCCAAUGUGGUGUUUGACAUCAGCAGCCUGAUGCUAUACGGGACCCAGGCCGUCCCCGUCCGCCUGAAGAUCCUGCUGGACCGGCUCUUCAGUGUGCUGAAGCAGGACGAGGUCCUUCGCAUCCUGCAUGCCCUGGACUGGACUCUUCAGGACUACAUCCGGGGCUACGUCCUGCAGGAUGCAUCAGGAAAGGUGUUGGAGCACUGGAGCAUCAUGACGGGUGAGGAGGAGCUGGCCACGCUGCAGCAGUUUCUGCGCUUCGGGGAGACCAAGUCCAUCGUGGAGCUCAUGGCCAUCCAAGAGAAGGAGGAGCAGGCCGUGGUCACGCCCCCCUCCCCUGCCAGUGUGGACAUCAGGGCCUUCAUCGAGAGCGCCGGGCCCCGCAGCGCUGGCCUCCCUGGGCCCCUGGACCACGGCCACCCCAGCAGCAUCCACCCUUUCGAGAACCUUCUGAACGGCGUCACAUGGAUGCUGCCCUUCCAGUUCUUCAACCCAGUGCCACCGGCGCUCAUCGGCUCUGUGCCUGACCACUUCACACUGCAGCAGCCAAAGGACACCGCCCAGGAGCCCCAGCGGGAGCCACGCGCUUCCUUCCCUGACGGCGGUCGCCUCCUGUCCUCCCCAUCCGCGCCAUGCCAGGAGAAGAAGCCAUGUCUCAGCUGUCCGGAUGCUGCCCCUAAGAAGGAGGACGUAGCCCAGCUAGGCGGCUCGGGCUCCUUCCCCGUCAUCAUGAAGCUCGAGCGGGUGCCAGCAUCCCCCGAGGCCAAGGUGAGGCCCGAGCAGAAUGGGCUGGGCCCCAAAAAGGGCCGCGUGUUCUGCUCAGCGUGUGAGAAGACCUUCUAUGACAAGGGCACACUCAAGAUCCACUACAAUGCCGUGCACCUGAAGAUCAAGCACCGGUGCACCGUGCAGGGCUGCAACAUGGUGUUCAGUUCUCUGAGAAGCCGCAACCGCCACAGUGCCAACCCCAACCCCCGCCUGCACAUGCCCAUGAACAGGAACAACAGGGACAAGGACCUCAAGAAUGGCCUAAGCCUGGUCGCCCUGGACAGCCGCCCACGCCCGGGCCUUGCCGAUGAUCCCAGGGGCCAGCCUGCCUUCCCGAGUCCCCAGCCCAACGGCGACCUCUUCCCGCACCUCAAGUCUGUGCGGCCUGUCCUGCCAUUCUACCACAGCCCCGCAGCCCCAGACGAGCUGGCCAAUACCCCUGGUGGGCUGCCCUCACUGCCCCUGCUGUCCUCUGCAGUCCCCGAGCAACCGGUGGCCAACGAGGUGCUGCCCAAAAAGAAAUCACGCAAGUCCAGCGUGCCCAUCAAAAUCGAGCCCGAGGCCGCAGACCGCGCCCAGGACAAACGGCUCAGCUCAGAUGAGGACAGUGAGUACCAGUCUGAGGGCCGAAGGCCGGACUCACGCCAUUCCCCAGAGGAGCAGUGCCCGCCCCCAGGGGGCCUGGGGACGCCCCCCUCCGUAGGAGACCAGCCCUACCCUGCUGACUCGGGGCCUGGGCCCAGUGCAGCCCCUGGCCACUCCGAGAGUGAUGCAGAACUGCAGCCAACACUGACCGUCACAGCAGGGGAGGUGGAGGCAGGAGGCCGUGAGCUGCGCCUGCCCCCUGCUCUGGAGACCUGCACCCCCUUCCCCGGCUACGUGCAGCUGCAACAGCACCUGCUGCCUGGCAGGCUCCUGGGCGCUCUGGCCCACGGCGCCGUGGCCUUCCCGUGCUUCCAGGGCUCUGCAGAGCCCGAGCCACCGAACCCGCAGGCUCUGGGGAGGCGGGAGGAGCCUCGCUUCCAGUGUGGCGUGUGCAAGAAGAGCUUCAAGAAUGCCUGCGGGGUGAAGAUACACCAGAAGCACAUGCAUGCACGGGAGCCUCACACCUGCGCAGGGGCCAGCUGCGGGGCCACCUUCGCAUCCCCCAGGAGCAGACACAGACACAGUUCGAACCUAAACCUGCACCAGAAGGCAUGGACAUGCGAAGCCCUGGACAGCAGUGCUGACCCCUUCCACGGGGACUGCCUUCUGAGAGGCUCAGCACCAGAGGCCCACCAGGACGCGGUGGCCCCGCAGCCGGCCUCCCAGCCCUCCGCCAUCUUCCAGGGGGCCAGUAGGACAGGCAGCCUGGUGCAUCCCCUGGAGGGCCUGAGCUCGGGGGCACCCAGCGAGGCCACCGCCCUGGACCUGAGUACCACCUGGAGCACCAAGUCGGGCAGCAGCCACUCAUCCUGGGACUCGGACGGGGUGAGCGAGGAAGGGACAGUGCUUAUGGAGGACAGCGAUGGAGACGGUGAGGGAGCCCCGAGCCUGGCCCCUGCGGAGGACAGCUCCCUGCUCUACGUGCCCUUGCCCAAGGCCGACCCAAGUCUGGGUAUCACAUGCCACCUGUGCCAGAAAACCUACAGCAGCCAGGGCACCUUCCGGGCCCACCACAAGACCGUCCACCUCCGCCAGCUGCACCGUUGCAAGGUCCCGGGCUGCGGCACCAUGUUCUCAUCUGUUCGCAGCCGGAACCGGCACAGUCAAAACCCCAACCUGCACAGGGGCUUGGCUGCCUCCCCGAUGAUGGGCCUCCCCCAGUGA